CAGGCUAUCUCUCCUUCAUAUCUGGAUUGUUUUCAAUUGGCACAGCGUGAGGUUUUGCAUUUGUGGUCCAUCACCGGGGUGGAGACUGACACAGCGCUUCCUGAAUGGAAACAGGUAUCAGGUGAAAAAUCGGAAUGCUUUAUAAAAAGGCCAGCCUCUGGAAAAACACAUUUUUACAAAAUCUCCUGACAAGGAUACUCAAGUGUCUGACCGCGCCGGACCCUGAAAAGAAGAGUUUAAAAAAGAUUGAAUAGCUGUUAAAAAACAGUGAGGCUUUCACAAGAUCCCUUCAGCUGUCGGUUUGUCCUCAAGAGGAAAUCAUCUCUUAUCCAACAUGAAGUGUCUUGUCCUGGGGCUGUUUUCACUGGUUCUGCUGGGAUCCAUCUACGCAGAGGAAUCAAGACCUGCCAUCACUGAGGACAGCAAUUCCAAAACAACCAAGAAGCCACCCAAUGAUAACAACAACAACAAACCCACAGGGUCCAAACCAACAGGAUCCGACUCCACAAGAUCCAAAACCACAGGAUCCGACUCCACAGGAUCCGACUCCACAGGAUCGAACCAAGGUGGAUCCAACCAAGGUGGAUCCAACUCAACUGGAUCAAACUCAACUGGAUUCAACUCCACAGCAACCAACUCCACUGGAUCCAUUACCAUUAGUGGCCCGAACCAAACCGGCAAGCCGAGCGGUGUCAAGCCUGGGAAGAACGGACAGAGUUGCAUCUUCACCUCUGUCAGUCUGCUGUUUGGAUCAUUUGUUCUUCAGGCACUUUGGCAGUAAGCGUCCCCCCCUGAGGCUCAGAGCUGGAGUGAGUCUUCAACACAUUGCAGAUCUGAGUUUAUUUUAGAAUAUCUGCUGUAGAAGAAACAGAUUCAGAGUCAUGUGUGUUAAACUAAAUUGUGGUUUAUGAGAUUAGCAAGUCACAGUAACAGAGCUAGCAACUUCAUUAUUUAACUGAUAUGUGAAGUAAAAAGUAGAUGAAUCAUAACAACUUUAAACAUUUUUAACUGAUUACCGCUGUCUGAUCUGCAUUUGAAGUCAGCAUAUCCUGAAUACACUAUGUACAUACUGCAGGCCUAUUUAUUGUUAAAAAAAGGAAAGAAGAAGAAGAAGUAUUUAUUUAAUAAGAUAUAUUAAACUGUAAAUAUAUUAAAAUGUAUAAAUAUGAUAAAAAAUAUUCCCCUGAAAUAUUGUAACUUUAGAUACAACACACUGUGGUAGUUGUGUUUGUCUGUUUUGUGUUUAUUAGUAUAUUUGAAUAAGUAUAUUUUUCUUGGUAUGUCAAAAAAAGGGUGUAAAAUAUG